AGGCCGGUCAAAGUUUUAUUUCCGAUUUGGUGGCGUGCUGAUAGCGCAGCCCGGCGGGGGCGAGUCCGAGCUGCACCGCGCCCGGCGCGCGCGCGCGCGCGCACCUCGGAAUCCGAAUCUGCACAACUCUCCGCCCGGCGUCUGUGCGAGAGGCCAGGAGACCCGCGACCCCUUGGGGUGGCUGCGCCCACCAGGCUGCUCUCGUCUUCACCGGGAGACUCUUCCAGUUCAGUCACGUGGGUUCAGUUUCAAAUUUGAAUCUCCUGUAGGACUGACUGUAAACUAAUUUCCCAAGAUUUUUGUGUAAGAGAUAGAUGAAAAGGACUGUACUUUCAGGUUUUGCGAGAAUACCUCAAGUUGGACUCGGAAGCAAGAUUUACCACCAACUUUGAAGUGGAAUCAGGACUUCUUACAGAUAGACAUAGUAUUGACAAUGCAGUUGCCUGAAUCGAGAGCCAUUUUAUUUUCCCUGAAGAAUGGAGCUAUGGAUGGGUGUAUAAAUGAGAGCCUGGCUGAUGAUGGUUCACUCCUCGCUGAGGAGGUUAUACAUUGUUAAUGUGGAUGCUAUUAUCUAAAGUUCAGUAGCUAUGGCACAAGAAUAUAAUGCUGCCUUUCCAUUCAGAGUCCAGGAUGUGCACACCUCAUUGGCUGAGGAGCAGAGAAAGCAUGGGAUUAUGGCAAUCACAGAGUCCCAGAGAUACAAGUUGCAUUCAGUUUUUUUCUGAAAGAAAGCCAUCUAUCAAAGUGAAGCAGAGGAACUCUUGUGGAUUAUAAUGUUUUGAAGGUCUGGAUCUUCAGAGGUUUGAAAAUAAGGCAUUGUUUAACCUUUUAAUUGAAAAAGAUUAAGAUCUCAUGCAACUGAUGUAUUUUCUGGAAGCCAUUCUCCAAAAGGGAAGUGCACAUUUAAAACUUAGGUAUGAUGGUCCUUUCUGCAGGGAUUUAAGUCUGAUUGCUUUUACAUCAUGACCAGCUUGAAACGGUCUCAGACAGAAAGGCCGGUUGCCACUGAAAGGGCGUCUGUUGUGGGCACAGAUGGCACCCCCAAAGUCCACACGGACGACUUCUACAUGCGACGCUUCAGGUCCCAAAACGGCAGCUUAGGGUCAUCAGUCAUGGCUCCUGUAGGCCCCCCCCGAAGUGAAGGUUCUCAUCAUAUAACCUCGACCCCUGGGGUCCCAAAGAUGGGGGUUCGGGCAAGGAUUGCGGAUUGGCCCCCAAGAAAGGAAAAUGUAAAAGAACCUAGCCGUUCAAGCCAGGAAAUAGAAACCUCAAGUUGCCUUGAGAGCAUGUCCUCCAAAAGCAGUCCUGUGAGUCAGGGAAGUUCUGUAAGCCUCAAUUCCAGUGACUCAGCCAUGUUAAAAAGCAUACAGAACACACUGAAAAACAAGACGAGGCCGUCGGAGAGCAUGGACUCCAGAUUUCUCAUGCCUGAAGCCUACCCCAGCUCCCCCAGGAAAGCUCUGCGCCGGAUACGGCAGCGCAGCAACAGCGAUAUCACCAUAAGUGAACUUGACGUGGAUAGCUUUGAUGAAUGUAUCUCGCCCACCUACAAGACGGGGCCGUCACUGCACAGGGAAUACGGUAGCACGUCUUCAAUCGAUAAGCAGGGAACGUCCGGAGACAGCUUCUUUGACUUGUUAAAGGGCUACAAAGACGACAAGUCUGAUCGAGGUCCCACUCCGACCAAGCUCAGUGACUUUCUCAUCGCCGGUGGGGGCAAGGGCUCUGGUUUCUCCUUGGAUGUCAUAGACGGGCCCAUCACACAGAGAGAGAACCUCAGGCUCUUUAAGGAAAGGGAAAAACCACUCAAGCGGCGUUCCAAGUCUGAAACCGGAGACUCGUCCAUUUUUCGUAAAUUACGCAAUACCAAAGGUGAAGAACUUGGGAAAUCGUCGGAUCUAGAAGAUAAUCGAUCGGAAGACUCCGUCAGGCCCUGGACGUGCCCAAAGUGCUUUGCCCACUACGACGUCCAGAGUAUAUUAUUUGACUUGAACGAGGCGGUUAUGAACAGGCACAGUGUAAUUAAGAGGAGAAACACCACCACGGGGGCUUCGGCAGCUGCGGUGGCAUCCUUAGUCUCGGGGCCUUUGUCCCACUCGGCCAGUUUUAGCUCCCCGAUGGGCAGCACAGAGGACCUGAACUCCAAAGGAAGCCUCAGCAUGGACCAGGGAGACGAUAAAAGCAAUGAACUUGUAAUGAGCUGUCCAUAUUUUCGGAAUGAGAUCGGUGGAGAAGGGGAAAGGAAAAUCAGCCUGUCCAAAUCAAAUUCUGGUUCCUUUAGUGGAUGUGAAAGUGCCUCCUUUGAGUCUACCCUCAGCUCCCAUUGUACGAACGCAGGAGUGGCAGUACUUGAAGUGCCCAAGGAAAACUUGGUGUUGCACCUGGAUCGAGUGAAAAGAUACAUCGUGGAACACGUGGAUCUCGGCGCAUACUAUUACAGGAAGUUUUUCUAUCAGAAGGAACACUGGAACUAUUUUGGGGCAGAUGAGAAUCUUGGUGCGGUGGCUGUGAGCAUUCGAAGGGAAAAACCAGAAGAAAUGAAAGAAAAUGGAUCUCCAUACAACUACCGAAUAAUUUUUAGAACUAGUGAGCUCAUGACACUGAGAGGGUCAGUGCUGGAGGAUGCCAUACCCUCAACGGCAAAGCACUCGACGGCCCGGGGACUGCCCCUGAAGGAAGUGCUGGAGCACGUGAUUCCCGAGCUCAACGUCCAGUGCCUGCGGUUGGCCUUCAACACCCCCAAAGUCACAGAGCAGCUCAUGAAACUGGAUGAACAGGGGCUGAACUAUCAGCAGAAAGUAGGCAUCAUGUACUGCAAAGCUGGACAGAGCACGGAAGAAGAGAUGUACAACAAUGAAUCAGCCGGCCCAGCCUUUGAGGAAUUCCUCCAGCUAUUGGGAGAACGCGUUCGGCUCAAAGGAUUUGAGAAGUAUCGUGCGCAGCUUGACACCAAAACUGACUCCACUGGAACCCAUUCUCUGUACACAACAUACAAAGACUAUGAGAUCAUGUUCCAUGUUUCUACCAUGCUGCCAUACACACCUAACAACAAGCAGCAGCUCCUACGGAAGCGGCACAUUGGAAACGAUAUCGUAACAAUUGUUUUCCAAGAGCCUGGAGCACAGCCAUUCAGCCCGAAAAACAUCCGAUCCCACUUUCAGCACGUUUUCGUCAUUGUCAGGGUUCACAACCCCUGCACUGACAGUGUCUGUUACAGUGUGGCCGUCACCAGGUCCAGAGAUGUGCCUUCCUUUGGACCUCCCAUCCCCAAAGGGGUCACUUUCCCUAAGUCAAAUGUGUUCAGGGACUUCCUUUUGGCCAAAGUGAUUAAUGCAGAAAAUGCUGCUCAUAAGUCAGAGAAGUUCCGGGCCAUGGCAACCCGGACACGUCAAGAAUAUCUGAAAGAUCUGGCAGAAAAGAAUGUCACCAACACUCCUAUUGACCCGUCCGGCAAGUUUCCGUUCAUCUCUCUGGCCUCCAAGAAGAAAGAAAAGUCUAAGCCAUACCCAGGAGCUGAGCUCAGUAGCAUGGGAGCCAUUGUGUGGGCUGUCCGGGCCAAAGACUACAGCAAGGCUAUGGAGAUAGACUGCCUACUCGGGGUCUCCAAUGAGUUCAUCGUCCUCAUCGAACAGGAAACGAAGAGCGUGGUUUUCAACUGUUCCUGCAGAGAUGUGAUUGGGUGGACCUCAACCGACACCAGCCUCAAAGUCUUCUACGAGCGAGGUGAAUGUGUGUCAGUGGAGAGUUUCAUUAACAACGAGGACAUCAAAGAGAUUGUCAAAAGGCUUCAGUUCGUGUCAAAAGGCUGUGAAUCAGUGGAGAUGACUCUGCGAAGGAAUGGACUGGGACAGCUUGGCUUCCACGUCAACUACGAGGGCAUCGUGGCAGAUGUGGAGCCCUACGGCUAUGCCUGGCAGGCAGGGCUGAGGCAGGGCAGCCGGCUGGUGGAGAUCUGCAAGGUGGCGGUGGCCACUCUGAGCCACGAGCAGAUGAUCGAUCUCCUGAGAACAUCUGUCACGGUGAAAGUUGUCAUUAUCCCCCCACAUGAUGACUGCACCCCACGGAGGAGUUGCUCUGAGACCUACCGCAUGCCAGUGAUGGAGUACAAAAUGAACGAAGGGGUUUCCUACGAAUUCAAGUUUCCCUUUCGAAAUAAUAACAAGUGGCAGAGGAAUGCCAACAAGGGGCCUCAUUCACCUCAAGUCCCGUCCCAGGUGCAGAGUCCCAUGACCUCGAGGCUGAAUGCCGGGAAAGGAGACGGGAAGAUGCCUCCUCCAGAAAGGGCCGCCAACAUUCCUCGAAGUAUCUCCAGUGACGGGCGCCCACUGGAGAGGCGGCUGUCUCCUGGUUCAGACAUCUAUGUGACGGUCUCAUCCAUGGCUUUAGCAAGAUCCCAGCCAUGUCGCAACUCCCCGAGCAAUCUGUCUUCAUCCAGCGAGACUGGCUCUGGCGGGGGCACUUACAGGCAAAAGUCCAUGCCCGAAGGGUUUGGAAUAAGCCGCAGAUCCCCAGCCUCCAUCGACAGGCACAACACCCAGUCAGACAUUGGUGGCAGCGGGAAAUCCACACCCAGCUGGCAAAGAAGUGAGGAUAGCAUUGCCGACCAGAUGGCUUACAGUUAUAGAGGACCUCAGGAUUUCAAUUCUUUUGUCCUCGAGCAGCAUGAAUAUACAGAGCCAACGUGCCACCUCCCAGCAGUAUCAAAGGUACUGCCAGCUUUCCGAGAGAGCCCCGGUGGGAGAUUAAUGCGUCAGGAUCCGGUGGUUCAUUUGUCUCCAAACAAACAAGGGCACUCUGAGAGCCACUACUCCAGCCACUCCAGCAGCAAUACCCUCUCCAGCAACGCAUCAAGUGCCCACAGCGACGAGAAGUGGUACGACGGGGACCGCACCGAAUCCGAGCUGAACAGCUACAACUACUUGCAAGGCACCUCCGCAGACAGCGGUAUCGACACCACUUCCUACGGCCCUAGUCACGGCAGCACGGCCUCCCUGGGGGCGGCCACGUCGUCACCACGCUCGGGGCCGGGCAAGGAGAAAGUGGCCCCCCUGUGGCACAGUUCCAGUGAAGUCAUUUCCAUGGCAGAUCGGACUUUAGAUUCAGAGAGCCACGGCAUGGACCGGAAAACCGAGUCCUCCCUGAGCUUGGACAUCCAUGCCAAGAGCCAGGCCGGCUCAAACCCUCUGACCAGGGAGAACAGCACAUUCAGUAUCAAUGACGCUGCUUCCCACACCAGUACUAUGAGCUCUCGACACUCUGCCAGCCCAGUUGUCUUCACCAGUGCCAGAAGUUCACCGAAAGAAGAACUGCAUCCUGCCACCUCCUCGCAGCUCGUUCCUUCCUUCUCAUCCUCCUCCUCCUCCUCCGGUCCUAGGACUUUCUACCCUCGCCAGGGCGCUACUAGCAAGUACCUAAUUGGAUGGAAGAAACCCGAAGGAACCAUAAACUCUGUGGGAUUUAUGGACACAAGAAAGCGUCAUCAGAGUGAUGGCAAUGAAAUAGCCCACACCAGGCUGCGUGCCUCAACCAGGGACCUCCGGGCAUCCCCAAAGCCAACCUCCAAGUCCACCAUUGAGGAGGAUCUCAAGAAACUCAUCAAUCUGGAAAGCCCAACUCCUGAAUCCCAGAAGAACUUUAAGUUCCACGCGCUCUCCUCUCCUCAGUCUCCCUUUCCCACCACUCCCACCUCAAGGCGGGCCUUGCACAGAACGCUGUCCGAUGAGAGUAUUUACAGCGGCCAGAGGGAGCACUUUUUCACCUCAAGGGCUUCGCUUCUGGACCAAGCCCUGCCCAACGAUGUCCUCUUCAGUAGCACGUACCCUUCUCUCCCCAAGUCUCUUCCGUUGCGGAGGCCUUCUUACACCUUGGGAAUGAAGUCGUUGCAUGGAGAGUUCUCGGCCUCGGACAGCUCCCUCAAUGACAUCCAGGAGACCCAAGGGCCGCCCAUGCCCGACCCCGGCCUGAUGCCCCUGCCUGACGCCGCUGCGGAUUUGGAUUGGUCCAACCUGGUGGACGCUGCCAAGGCGUAUGAGGUCCAGAGAGCCUCGUUCUUUGCUGCUAGUGAUGAAAACCAUCGCCCCCUGAGUGCUGCAUCCAACAAUGACCAGCUUGAAGACCAGGCUCUGGCCCAGAUGAAGUCUUACAGCAGCAGUAAAAAUUCCUCUCCCACUCUGGCUUCUAAAGUGGACCAGCUGGAAGGUAUGCUGAAGAUGCUUCGAGAAGAUCUGAAGAAGGAAAAAGAAGACAAAGCUCACCUUCAGGCGGAGGUUCAGCACUUGCGAGAGGACAACCUGAGGCUGCAGGAGGAGUCCCAGAAUGCCUCCGACAAGCUGAAGAAGUUCACGGAGUGGGUCUUCAACACCAUCGACAUGAGCUAAGCCGGGAGAG